CCAGGGGAGCCCCCCAACGUGUCAAGCAUGGCCUCUGAAGACAUUGCCAAGUUGGCAGAGACGCUAGCCAAAACCCAGGUGGCGGGGGGACAGCUGAGUUUCAAGGGCAAGAGUCUCAAACUCAACACUGCAGAAGAUGCCAAGGAUGUGAUUAAGGAGAUUGAAGACUUUGACGCUUAGAGGCUCUGCGCCUGGAGGGCAACACGGUGGGCGUGGAAGCGGCCAGGGGUCAAUCGCCAAGGCUUUGGAGAAGAAAUCGGAGUUCAAGCGAUGCCACUGGAGUGACAUGUUCACGGGGAGGCUGCGGUCCGAGAUCCCGCCGGCCCUGAUCUCACUAGGGGAGGGACUCAUCGCAGCUGGGGCCCAGCUGGUGGAACUGGACCUAAGUGACAAUGCAUUUGGGCCUGACGGCGUGCGAGGCUUCGAGGCCCUGCUGAAGAGCUCUGCCUGCUUCACUUUACACGAACUCAAGCUCAACAACUGUGGCAUGGGCAUCGGUGGAGGCAAGAUCCUGGCGGCAGCUCUGACUGAAUGUCACCGAAAAUCCAGUGCCCAAGGCAAGCCACUGGCCUUGAAAGUCUUCGUGGCUGGCAGAAACCGUCUGGAGAACGACGGAGCCACUGCCUUGGCAGAAGCUUUUGGAAUAAUCGGGACUCUGGAGGAGGUCCACAUGCCACAGAAUGGGAUCAAUCACCCCCGGCGUCACUGCCCUGGCCCAGGCUUUCGCCAUCAACCCCCUGCUGCGGGUCAUCAACCUGAACGACAACACCUUCACCGAGAAGGGUGCCGUGGCCAUGGCCAAGACCCUGAAGACCUUACGGCAAGCGGAGGUGAUCAACUUUGGGGACUGCCUGGUGCGCUCCAGGGGUGCCAUUGCCAUUGCAGACGCCGUCCACGGGGGCUUGCCAAGCUGAAGGAGCUGAACUUGUCGUUCUGUGAAAUCAAGAGAGAUGCCGCUCUGGCUGUGGCCGAGGCUGUGGCAGAGAAGGCCGAGCUGGAGAAACUGGACCUCAAUGGCAACGCCCUGGGAGAAGAAGGCUGUGAGCAGCUCCAGGAGAUGCUGGACGGCUUCAACAUGGCCAGGGUGCUGGCGUCCCUCAGUGAUGACGAAGGUGACGACGACGAGGAUGAGGAUGAGGACGAGGAGGAUGGGGAAGAGGAAGAGGAUGAGGAGGAAGACGAGGAGGAAGAGGAGGACGAGGAGGAAGACGAGGAGGAAGAGCCACAGCAGCGAGGGCAAGGAGAGGAGUCACCCACACUCUCGAGGAAGAUUCUGGACCCUAACAGUGGGGAGCCAGCUCCCGUGCUGUCCUCGCCAUCUCCCGCAGACAUCUCCACAUUUCUGGCUUUCCCUUCUCCGGAGAAACUGCUACGCCUCGGGCCUAAGAGUGCCGUGCUCAUAGCCCAACAGACUGACACAUCUGAUCCAGAGAAGGUGGUCUAUGCCUUCCUGAAGGUGUCCUCUGUGUUCAAGGACGAAGCCACAGUGAGCACGGCAGUUCAAGAUGCCGUAGAUGCUUUGAUGAAGAAGGCCUUCAGCUCAGCCUCCUUCAACCCCAACGCCUUCCUCACCAGACUUCUCAUCCACAUGGGUCUGCUCAAGAGUGAAGACAAGGUCAAGGCCAUUGCCAACCUGUACGGCCCCUUGAUGGCCCUGAACCACAUGGUGCAGCAGGACUACUUCCCCAAGGCCCUUGUGCCCCUGCUGCUGGCAUUCGUGACCAAGCCCAACGGCGCCCUGGAAUCCUGCUCCUUCGCCCGCCACAACCUGCUGCAGACACUGUACAAGGUCUAAACCUAGACCCUUGGCCUGGACCAGUAACGUGGGCAGGGCCUCAGAUGAAGAACUCUGGCCAGAGGCAGGGAGGGUCUUUGUCGCGUGUGUCGUCAGUCCUCCGAGUAUGUGUGUCGGUGUCGUGUGUGUGCUGGUGUGUACAUCUUGUCGGGGUUUGGGAUUUUAACGUCUCCCUGUCGGGCUGGUCCUAGUCCCACUGGAGGGGUGCUGGCCCCAGGCCAAAGGGCUGCGAGCUGGGAGCUGCUCUGCCAUUAAACUCACCGCUCUGAGGGCCUCUGCUGAUCUGUGCCUCGGGCUGGAGGUCCUGGUGGCUCUGCCCACCCCCCUGCCCUCCUUCCCCUCUUGGGCUGCACUGAGGCCUGGGGACUUGCUGCCGUGAGCUGUCCCCUCCGUCUGUUAUGGCUUGGCUGCGUUUCUCGCCCUGCCUGGGGCUGCCCACUUGGCGGCUGCAUCUGCUUCCUGUCACCAAGCCCUGGUCCUGCAGCCACCACAGUCCCCCACCAUCCAUCCCUGCUGUGCUGACCUGUUGGCGUGAGAAGCAGAGACUGCCAUGGGAGGGGGGUAAGGGGUGGUCGGCAGAGGGCAAGACCCUGGUGCCUGUGCUAUGUGGACAUGAUGAGAAGCCAGUGGGCAGACACCAGAGGGUCCUGAAACAGGCGUUGCCUGGAUGGUGCUGGCUCUGGACCCAGGGUGGCCCUCCCCUAGCUGCUGAGGUGUCUGUGACUGGCCUGGAGGCCGAGCAGCAGGGGUACCUGGACAGGUCCUAACCUGUUCUCUGGCCUGGGGGCAGGGGCAGGGCCCACUGCUGCCUGAGCUGCAUCUCUGGCGCUCAUGAAGGACCUGGGGCGGGGACACGGCAGGGGCUGGGCUGAGAUGUCCUGGGCCCUCCCUCCCUGAGCAGCUGGCUCUAUGACGCCCUGUGCUUUUCCCUUCGUGCUCUUUGUGUCCGGGCUGUGCCCGGGGCUUCACAAAUAAAGUCAUGUGUGGCAACA